AUGUACUGCUACCUGUCCGCCAGGUCUCUGCCGUCGAGCUCCAGCGCAUUAGCGGGGCUCGUGACUACCACGACAAGCUUUGGGUGCUCAACUUGCAAGGAGGCUCCUGCUAAACCUCCGACGUCCAUCAAGAUCCCAGCUCACUAUGGAGCACGGCCGGCGCUCUCCUCAAGUAGGAAUUCCCAGGAGGCAGAACAAGCAGCUGAGCCGAUGCGACGGAGCACUAGGCAAUGCCUGAUAUGGAGUACACGCAAAGCUGCAGCAGCCAUACCCCCUUACCAUCCUGGCUGGCUGGCUGGCUGGGGGGAAAGCAGCAAGAGUCUGGUCCAACCCAGCCCCGAGAAUCCGAAGAUCCACGUCGUCUCACGCAAUAGCCCACAGUUUGCGCCCAAGAGAAAAAGCACUAGGCCCUGCGAGGCCUUUGACGGGAGCACUACAAGUAGUCACUGCUAG